CCACCACAACCUCAUAUAUAAUAUUAACACUUCUAUCCAAUCUUCUUUGAUUGUAGGAUCGGCAGUGAUGGACUCUGAUGAAAGUCCUGAUUAUGUGGACCGAUUGGCUCGAAAGUAUAUGCAAAAAUGUAAAGUAGAUUCCAGCACAGAAUCAGAAUCUGAUACAAACUAUGAGGGUUUAUCAGCCAGUGUUACUCAUGGAAAUUUAGGAGAAAGUGAUAAACAGAAACUGCAGUUCUUAGAUCCAUAUGAUGGGGACUCUGAAGACUCUUGUGUAUAUGACCUGCUUCGUAGUGAUUCCACAGCACCGCUUUCUAGCCCUGACGACCUAAAAGGGAUUGGAGAGUUUGAUUCUUUGAAGGCUACAAAACUGUUAAAAGAAAAAGAACCUACAAAGAACUGGAACAUUUUGUCUUUUGAAGCCAGUGAUGUUUGUAUGAAAUCUUUUGUAGAGUUAGACGCUUCAGUAGAAACUACAAAGGAAUCCUGGCACAGCUCUGAGCAGAUUGAUGAGCCGCUAGAUAUUUCUAUGGAUUCUGGAGUCCUAACUGGAGUGCAUCAUCUAAACGCUACCAGUUUUAUUUUGGUUGGAGUAGACUCAAGAACUGCACAUAACUGUGGUGAUUCUGUUUGUUCUGUGUGUCCGACUAGUAUAACAUUCGAGGAGAAUAGUGAUUAUAACCUUCAUGAAACCUCCUUAACAAAGCGUAAAUUGGGCGUAAAAAUGGAUUAUAAUGUUGAUAAGCCUAGAAGAAAGAAGUCUAGGGUUGGAGAAAUUGUAAUGGUGUGAAACUGUUUCGAUUACUUUGUUCUUCAAAUAUUGUGCAUCAAGUUGAUUUCAAAUCAGUGUAUGGUUUGUAAAAUUGAUUCUUAAAUGAUCUACAAAAAUAAAACAAAUGCAAAAAAAAGCUA